ACGAAACAAAGAAAAGCUGGAGACCAACACCUUGAGGUUAAAAUUGUGGAAGAUUCUCACGUGUGGAUACCGAAAGGUAUUCAAUAGGGUCUGUAACUAAAGUUAUAAACUUAAAAGUAUAAACCAGAUCACCAACACUUCGUGAGAAUGCAGCAGUAAAUUUAUUUUGUUGACCGGUUUCGACCUGUGACGUUUAUAACUUUAGUUACAGACCCUAUUGAAUACCUUUCGGUAUCCACACGUGAGAAUCUUCCGCAAUUUUAACCUCAAGGUGUUGGUCUCCAACUUUUCUUUGUUUUGUAUUCUACAUUGUUACUGGGACCCCUGCAUACCAUAAGGUAUCCACCAUUCCGAACUGCGCUAUACAUUAUGGCCACCAACUCAAUUCCAAAGUUAAAAGAAUCAAUUAACCAGAAAGUGAGUGAAUCCCUCAAGGUAGACAUCAGCAACCCCAAAAAAAGAUUCCGCAAUUCUUCACAAUCUGAUACGGAUAUAGAAUAUUCAGAAACAACUAACAAAUCUCAACAAGAAAUAGCAGGGAAAGAAACCGCUAUUGCAACAUCCGAUCCAGUGGAAUCUUCCGAGAAACCGAAAAUAUCAGAAGAAAAUGUUGCCAUUUUUAGGACACUCCGAAAACUUCAUAUCAAACUCCAAAGAACUAAAAGCCAUGCCGCAUACCUGCAUAAAUGCCAACAACAGGACCUCAUACCAAAAACACUAAGAGCCAAAAUCAUUCCACAAAUUCCAGACAGUAAUGCUUUAUUUCUCCUAAAGUGGGAGGAAGCACACCUUAAUUUUAGCCGCAGCCUCAUCCGCUUACUUUAUGAAUAUUGGAAUACAAGAAUUAAUACGAUUAAUACACAGAUACUUGAUUUAAAAUCCCAGCUUAAAAACAAAGAAAACACUAACGAAAUGGAACAUAUAAACGAUCUAUUAACCGCAAUCCCAAACUUUAUGAAGAAGAAGGAAGCCGAUAAGGAAUCAACAAAAGCAUUCAAGGACAAUAAAAAAUCCCAGUAAUUGUUAACUACACCCCCCUCUUGAUGUAAUGGACGAAUUGGAGCAAGGAUCUACGUACCUUCACAUUUCGUCUGAACGAAUUUUGUCAUAAAACUACAAUGAACUCUUGAACAUUUUAAAGAAAUUAGCAUUGUUGAUAUUAAUACAUGUUAAUUAUUUUAAUGUAUUUUUACGAACAAUUAUUAUCCUCCAUAAGAUAGAACUAUUCAGAAGUAGCAAUUUAUGAAACCAAACUACAUUUUAUGUUAUCCCAACAUUUAUAGGAAAUGUAAUCUAAUGUCCACUUGUAUAAUUUUACGCACUCUAUAUGUACAAACCAUCCGUAUUUUUUUCCAUUGUGACGUCACAGUCUACCGAAACAGCUUGAUGAUGCAACAGAAGAAUAAUAAUC